GGGUUCGCAAAGGCUUCUGGGAAAUUGAGGCCUAAAGUAGAACGACCGCCCUUUCUGGAGCUACUAGCGGAGAAGAGCGCUACACGCGUAGGUGUAUUUGUGUUCUCAAAAUACUCUUCAGAAGUGCAACAGUCGAACUUCAGAUCAGAAUCCCGCUAACUAUGGCGGAGGUGGAGGUGGAAGUGGAUGACGGCACCCUUUACCCAGAACAUUAUAAAGUCAUGAUGGACAAACUGAACGAGCAGCGACAGUUGGAUCAGUUCACUGACAUUACCUUGAUUGUAGAUGGACAUCAAUUCAGAGCCCAUAAAGCUGUGCUGGCCGCCUGCAGUCAGUUCUUCCAUAACUUCUUCCAAGAUUUUACACAAGAGCCACUGGUUGAGAUUGAAGGAGUCAGUAAUACCGCUUUUCGUCAGCUGAUGGAGUUUACAUACACUGCCACUUUAGCUGUAACUGGAGAGGAAGAAGCAAAUGAUGUGUGGAAGGCAGCGGAGUAUCUUCAGAUGCAGGAAGCCAUUAAAGCACUAGAUGGAAGGACGCAUGAUGACAGUUCUGCUCUCACAACAAAAAGUAAGGCUAAAAAGAGAAAAAUUGCAGAGACUUCAAAUGUGAUCACUGAAACUCUACCAACAGUAGAAGGGGAACAGAUGAAAAUUGAAGUAAUCGGAGAUGUUGCUAUUGAAGAAGUGAUAGAGGCAACAAAGCAUUCUCAGACUUCAUCGGAUGACUCUGCUUUGGCUCUCCUUGCUGACAUCACCAGCAAGUACCAACAGGAGGAGCCAACGGUGGAGGUUGUCAAAAAAGGGGAACUAGAAGAGGAAAUUGCAUAUCAGGAAGAAACUGUAACUGCCUCUAAAUCGUUGGAGGUAGAUGUGGUAGAAGUCCAGAUUUCUCAAGUGGACAAUAUAUUUCGGUGCAGUAAAUGUAAUCGCAGUUUUAAGUUGUACUACCACCUGAAGCAGCAUAUGAAGGCACAUGAAGGCUCCAUGGAGAAACCACAUGUGUGUGGUCACUGUGGGAAAGCGUACUCCAGAGAGGGCGCUCUUAAGCAGCAUGUCAGCACGUUUCAUUAUGAUGCAGAAGACCUGCCGCUAAAUCAAAAACCACAGAAGAAAGUGCAUGUUUGUGAAUACUGCCAAAAAAACUUUGACCACUUUGGACACUUUAAGGAGCACCUACGGAAACACACAGGUGAAAAACCAUAUGAGUGUCCGGACUGUCAUGAAAAAUUUGCAAGGAACAGCACGCUCAAGUGUCAUAUGACUGCCUGUCAGAAUGGAGUGGGAGCCAAGAAGGGACGCAAGAAAAUCUAUGAAUGCCAGGUUUGUGACAGCGUAUUCAACAUUUGGGAGGAGUUCAAAGACCAUCUAGUGAGCCACACUGGGGACAAACCUAACCACUGCACUAUAUGUGACAUGUGGUUCACCCAUCCCAAAGAACUGAAGGAACAUCUAAAGGACAUUCACUCCAUUGAGGACAAGUCCGGCGAAGAGCUGGUGGUCCCAGACGCCGCUGCCACCGCUGCGUUGACUAUAACCGCACAGAACAUGGAGGCAGGGGACAAUGUACUCUUGGAGGAUGGUAUUCAGAUGGAGCAUGUCACCGUAGAGCCUGUGCACAUGAUGGAGAUGGAGCAGACGGCGACGGUGGUGGUGAACGAGGAAGGGGUGGCUGAGAUGUGCGAGGAGGACGUGGAGAGACUGAAACAGGCCGGGGUGGAGAUCCAGGUGGUGCAGGUGGAGGGUGCCCUGGUCACUGUGGAAGAUGUAGUUGUAUGAGGACACUUUUUUAAAAACUUUUUUAUUUGUAUUAUAACUUUCAGUAUUCUGGAGGAAACGCUCCACUUUGAACUGUGCAUGUUAGUUACAGCUGGCCCUCGUUCGGUUAACGCAACAGACUUUCACCAGGCACUCGGCUUCAGCUCUUUCCAUGAUGAAGAGGGAUGUUGAUUAAUCCCACCAUUAUGACGUAAUUAUGUUCUUGUCUAGGUUAGUUGCCAUUGAUUGUAUAUUACAUUAAUAUUGAAGCUCUGCAAGAUUUUUUGUGUUUUGUUUGUUGAUGAAAAAGAAUUAUUUAGAAAAGACCUGUUAAUAUACAAAUCUAAACAAGUAAAAUUAAAUUAAGAUACUUUUA